CCAAUUUUACGCGGUAGAAAAGAUCCCAAGUCAUCACCAUAAAAGAGCCCAUCCCUGGUUCGAAAUGGCGCUUCCAAUCCUUGAUCCGUAUUGUCUCGGCCGCACACAGCACCCAAAAUCGAUCAAAGGCUCCACCACCACGCCGCCGUCGCCCCGUCAGCUGCUCUCAACAUGUCGCGUGCCUUGACGAAGAGUGUCGAGCGUGCUUCCAAGACGUUAGUUGCAUGUCGCUAUAGUACCUCGUCGCUGCCUGUGGUGCACAAGCUCUCUGCUGCUGCUGCCACCGCCACACGGCCUCAGCUCACACCCAUCGUCCACAAUGGCACACAGCAUCAGCAACUGCGUCAUUCGUCUCACAGCCCCAUGGGCGCGCCGCCCGCCAACCCUCGCAAGAAGGUCACGCUCCAGACGAUCCAGAAUAUGUACAAGAAGUCGGAACCCAUCACGAUGCUGACGGCAUACGACUUUCCGUCUGCCCACGUCGCUGACCAUGCAGGCAUCGACCUCAUCCUGGUCGGGGACUCUCUCGCCAUGGUCUCCAUGGGCCUUGAAGACACGUCGGAAGUGACCAUGGAAGAGAUGAUCUUUGCCUCAAGGGCUGUUGCUCGCGCAACCAAGACCGCGUUCAUCAUCGGCGAUCUGCCCAUGGGCAGUUACGAGGUCAACCCGGAGCAAGCUGUCCGCAGCAGUAUCGAGAUGAUCAAAAAGGGCCGGAGCCAUUCCGUCAAACUCGAAGGCGGCAAAGAAAUGGCGCCAACGAUCAAGGCUAUCACCGACGCUGGUAUUCCAGUGCUAGCUCAUGUCGGGCUAACUCCACAACGCCAAAAUGCGCUUGGUGGCUUCCGCGUGCAGGGCAAGACGGCCGCAUCUGCCAUCGCUCUCCUCACGGACGCCCUUGCCGUCCAAGAAGCCGGCGCUUGGGGUGUCGUUCUCGAAGCUAUCCCUCCAGAGAUCGCCUCCAUUAUCACCGCUCAACUACGCAUACCAACCAUUGGUAUUGGCGCUGGUGCCGGCUGCUCUGGCCAAGUUCUUGUGCAGGUCGAUAUGCUUGGCAACUUCCCGCCUGGGCGGUACAUGCCAAAAUUUGCGAAGAAGUAUGGCAACGUCUGGGGAGAGGCCCAUCGCGCGAUUGAGCAAUAUAAGAAUGAGGUCAAGGCGAGAACAUACCCGUCGAAGGAAUACACAUACGAGGUCAAGCCGGACGAAGUUAGGAAGUUUGAGCAACUGGUCGCUGAGAGAUAUGGGAGCCGAACAAGAGGACAGGAGCAGGGCCUUGAGGGGCUUGGCGGUACCGCUGUCCCUGAAUCAACACCUGCUGCUGCCGCCGCCGCCGCUGCUGUUUGAAAAACCAAGAUUUGCCUAGCAUGAUCGUGUUUUUGCAUUCGCUCUUAUUUUUGAUUAUACCCUUCUACUUGCUCAAGCAUGCCGCAGCAACAGAAUUGCGCGGCCGUUUCUGGAGUUUGGCUUAUUUUUAUGUUAACCUGCAUUUUCAUGGGCCUAGAUUUUAAAUAAAAAUACAAUAUCACGUUGAGUCCUUUCGAA